AUGGAGAAUAUGGAUUGCGUUGUGAUAGGCGCCGGAUUCCACGGUCUGGCGGCCGCAAAACACUAUCUGUGCAGUCAGCCAGAUCACUCAGUUGCGAUACUAGACUCACAAGCAUCCAUUGGUGGCACAUGGGCGGAAGAAAGGCUGUAUCCAGGCCUAAAAACGAACAAUAUGUUUGGGACGUACCAAUAUCCUGAUUUCCCAAUGGAAAGUGGGAAAUAUGGCGCAGAACCCGGCAGACAUAUCCCUGCGAGAGCAGUCCAUGAAUAUCUCAAAUCGUAUGCCGACCAGUUUGAUCUGACUCAAUUGAUUCGCCUCAACACAAAAGUUGUUUCCGCGGAGCACCAAGAGAUUGACGGAGGAUGGAUUUUGAACCUUCAAUGCAACGGAGAAACGUCUACAAUCCGCACAAGGAGACUAAUCGUUGCGUCCGGCUUCACCUCUGAGCCAAAUAGGGUAAGUUUUGUUGGGCAGGAAAACUUUGGAGGUCGAGUGUUCCAUGGACGAGAGUUUCACCAGAAUGCAGACACUGUGAAGGCUGGUCAAAGUGCGACAGUUUAUGGGUCAACCAAGUACGCCUGGGAUGCUGUAUAUGCAUAUGCCACCGCUGGUGCAGAUGUGCAUUGGGUCAUUAGAGCAAAUGGCCACGGCCCAUGCUGGAUGACACCGCCAUAUGUGACUCCUCUGAAGCAAAGAGUGGAAUUUUUGGCCAACACGAGACUACUUACGUGGUUUAGUCCUUGUAUCUGGGGAUCCGAGGACGGCCAUCCGUGGAUUCGAAGACUCCUACAUGGAACAAUUGUUGGGCGGUUCAUCACAAAUUUGUUCUGGAAAAUUCUCAGCUCUGAUGUGUUGGCUUUGUGCAACUUCGAUUCGCACGCAGAGACGAAGAAGUUGAAACCUACCCUCAACGCCAUGUUCGCCGGAACAAGUUUUAGCAUUCUGAACUACGACACGGACUUUUUCGAGUUUGUGCGGAACGGUCAAGUCAAGGUUCACCUAGCCGAAAUUGAUCGUCUGAGCCAAGGCACGGUGCAUCUCUCGGACAACACCUCCUUCGAAUCGGAGUCAAUCCUUGUGCAUACUGGAUGGAAGAAAGUUCCGCCCAUGAAGUUCCUCCCGGAGGGGAUCGAGGUAGAGCUGGGCUUACCACAUGAACAAACAGGGCAGCUUGCCAAAGCUGAUUUCGGAAGCAAUAUGGAACUGCUUCAGAGAGCCGAUAGAGAAAUCUUGUCCCGGUUCCCCCGUCUGCAAGACCAACCUGCUUGCCUUGACAGCUAUGUGCCAACCUCGCAGCUUCAGGGAAUCGCCAAAUCCGAAACCUCAACCGAGUACAACAAACUAACACCAUUUAUGCUCCAUCGCUAUAUUCUGCCGCCAGCAUCACGAUUCCUUCGGCAUCGAGACAUUGCUUUCUGUGGCAUGGUGAUGAAUUUCAGCACGCCAAUAUUGACGCAUGUUCAGAGUCUGUGGGUAGCUGCGUUCAUGUCGGGUAACUUGGAUCGAGACGUGACAUCGAAUAUUUCGGACCCAGGGGCCUUGGAAGAACUUCAAUACCAGACAGUGCUGAACAAUCGUUUUGGCAAAUGGCGGUACCCCGUGGACUGGGGUAACAAGGCUCCGGCGUUCAUCUUUGAUGCAGUCCCUUAUUACGACAUGCUGCUUCGAGACCUUGGGUUGCCAUAUAAGAGGAAACCGGGACUACUAUCAAACUUGCUUGAUCCAUACGGUCCUGAGGACUACCAAGAUACGACAGCGGAAUGGCUUGCAAAACACCGACCGUGGAAGCAGACGAAAUAA